CUGCUGGUGGAGCACGUGGGUGCGCUCGACUGUUCCCUGACAGCCGGGCUUAUCUGUCACAAUCACGCACCAUCUAACCUCACAGCCAAUGUCUUAAUGCGAUGAACGGGGAGUUUAAUGAUCAUGGCUAACCUUCGGAUUUCGGUAGCCGUGGUUGUUGUCCAGGUGGUCCUGUACGGAACAUGCGAGGCUCUGCGGUGUAACUGCUCCACUGCGGAGUGUGAGAAGACCGGCUCCCAGUGUGAGACCGAUGGUGCCUGCAUGGCCUCCACGUCCUUCAUCGAUGGCCGAGAGCAGCACAUCCGUCUCUGCAUCACACGAGACAAUCUUGUGCCGCCUGGACAACCGUUCUACUGCCUGAGUGCAAAGGGCCUCCUCAACAUCCACUGCUGCUACACCAACUACUGCAACAACAUUGACCUCAAAGUACCCUCAGGUCUCGGAGUAGGAUACGACCCAGGUGGCUCAUGGGGGCCAGUGGAACUAGUUGCUGUGAUCGCAGGGCCGCUGUUUCUGUUGUGUCUGCUGCUGCUGAUGGGCGCAUUCCUAUAUCAGUACCACCAGAGGGCCUACAGCCACAGGCAAAGGUUAGAGGUGGAGGACCCCUCGUGUGACACCCUCUACAUGACCAAAGACAGGACCCUGCAGGACCUCAUCUACGAUCUGUCCACGUCUGGUUCAGGCUCCGGCCUGCCUUUGUUUGUCCAGCGGACCGUGGCCAGAACAAUAGUCCUCCAAGAGAUCAUUGGCAAAGGGCGUUUUGGGGAGGUGUGGCGAGGGCGCUGGCGAGGUGGUGAUGUGGCGGUGAAGAUCUUCUCGUCCAGAGAGGAGCGCUCCUGGUUCCGUGAGGCGGAAAUCUAUCAGACCAUCAUGCUCCGCCAUGAAAACAUCCUAGGCUUCAUAGCGGCCGACAACAAAGACAACGGCACGUGGACCCAGCUGUGGUUGGUGUCGGACUACCACGAGCACGGCUCUCUGUUUGACUACCUGAAUCGCUACUCCGUCAAUAUCGAAGGGAUGAUCAAACUGGCACUGUCAGCCGCCAGCGGUCUGGCACAUCUGCACAUGGAGAUUCUAGGAACACAAGGAAAACCGGGCAUUGCCCACAGAGACCUGAAGUCCAAGAACAUCCUCGUGAAGAAGAACUGCACCUGCGCCAUCGCUGACCUGGGCUUGGCCGUCCGGCACGACUCUGCCACAGACACCAUCGACAUUGCGCCCAACCAGAGGGUGGGCACCAAGAGGUACAUGGCUCCAGAGGUUCUGGACGAGACUAUCAAUAUGAGACACUUUGACUCAUUCAAAUGUGCUGAUAUCUAUGCCUUGGGGCUGGUCUACUGGGAGAUUACUCGCCGCUGUAAUAGUGGAGGUAUCCAUGAAGAGUACCAGCUGCCCUACUACGACCUGGUACCUUCUGAUCCCACCAUAGAGGAGAUGAGAAAGCUGGUGUGUGACCAAAAGUUACGACCCAACAUCCCCAAUUGGUGGCAGAGCUAUGAGGCUUUGCGGGUUAUGGGCAAAAUCAUGAGGGAGUGUUGGUAUGCUAAUGGAGCGGCCCGCCUGACGGCCCUGCGCAUCAAGAAGAGCCUCUCCCAGCUCAGCAUCGAAGAGGACCUCAAAGUCUGAGUCAGCGCUGCACAGACAAAGAGCCCCGAGCGGGACCAGACUCCAGACUGUGUGACACUGAGAAGAAGAGGAGAAGGAAGAGGAGAAGGAGGAGAAGGAGGAGAAGGAGGAGAAGGAGGAGAA